AUGCAGAGAAAGAACUUCACAGAAGUGACAGAAUUCAUCUUCUUGGGAUUCUCUAGUUUGGGAAAGCAUCAGAUAACCAUCUUUGGGGUUUUCCUUACUGUCUGCAUUUUAACUCUGGCUGGUAACAUCAUCAUUGUGACUAUCGUCUGCAUUGACCAUCAUCUCCACACUCCCAUGUGUUUCUUCCUAAGCAUGCUGGCUAGUUCAGAGAUGGUGUACACACUGGUUAUUGUGCCACAAAUGCUCUGCAGCCUCAUUUUUCAUAACCAGUGUAUCUCCUUGGCAGGCUAUGCAACCCAAAUGUUCUUUUUUGUUAUCUUGGCCAUUAAUAAUUGCUUCCUGCUUACUGCAAUGGACUAUGACUGCUAUGUGGCUGUCUGCAGGCCCCUGAGGUACACGGUCAUCAUGAGCAAGGGCCUAUGUGCCCAGCUGGUGUGUGGGUCCUUUCGCAUUGGUCUGGCAGUUCUCCAUGUGACAGCCAUGUUCAGUUUGCCCUUCUGUGGCACAGUGGUGGACCACUACUUUUGUGACAUUUACCCAGUCAUGAAACUUUCUUGCAUUGAUAUCACUAUCGAUGAGAUAAUAAAUUAUGGUAUAAGUUAAUUUGUGAUUUUUGUGCCCACAGGCUUGAUAUUUACCUCCUAUGUCCUCAUCAUCUCUUCCAUCCUUAAAAUUGCCUCAGCUGAGGGCUGGAAGAAGACCUUUGCCACCUGUGCCUCCCACCUCACUGUGGUCAUUGUCCACCGUGGCUGUUCCUCCAUUGCCUACCUCAAGCCCAAGUCAGAAAACUCUACAGAACAAGACCUCCUUCUGUCAGUGACCUACAUCAUCACCGCUCCCCUGCUGAACCCUGUUGUUUACAGUCUGAGAAACAAGGAGGUCAAGGAUGCUCUAUGCAGACUUGUGGGCAGAAAUAUUUCUUAACGGAUUGGAUUAUUAAAUCAAGAGACCGUUAGCCCAGUGUAGUGUGUCUACUCACAAACAUGCCACAAUAUACAAGUUCAUCAAAUAUAAUAUUUGUUGAUAAUACUGUCAGAUAAUAGAAAUGCUUUUCUAUUUAGUGUUCUAGGGAUGGCAGAAAGCAGGAUUUCUGCUCUGGUGAAUUUGGUUACCAGACUCAAGACUCACUCCACGCUGGAUUAAGACUACUUGUCUCUGUGCUUGAAUAUUUCAGUUUUGAAAGCUUUUUGGCUCCCAUUUUACCUGAACUCUCUGACAGUCAAAUCUUUGAGCUUGUCCGGUUAGGGGAUGUGGAGUAGAAGCAGUGGGAACAUAGGUGGCAGGGGUGUUAGGAAAAUAAGUUGCAGAGACACCAACCUUUAUUUCUCUCUGCUUACAUAAAAAAUAAAGCUUUCAUUCUCAGGAGUCAAAUAAUAUUCCAUGUGAUAGUCAUUUUGUAAUUA